AUGUCUACGAACAAGGAAGAAGAACAUCAGAUUGUUUGCACACAGGACUUUCUUCGACAAUAUUACGUAUCUGAAAGUGUAAGUAUUCAGUUUGGAUUAAACAACAAGACUAUUCGAACGAUAAAUGAAGAAGAAUUUAAUAAUGCAGCAAUGUGCAUCAUGACACGUACGAACUAUCCUGAAUCAACUUUAAAACGGUCAGCUUCAACUUACCUUUUGAACAGUUAUCACAAGAAGCCAGCGACUCUAUCUCUUCCUUUUGUCUUUGGCGACACUAUAAACCUCUCAGAAGCCAUGGAGGAUAACAACGAAAAUAAUCUACUGUACAGCGACACAUUAUACGGCGACGACUCAUUGACACAAAGAGGUGACCAGGUGGUGUAUAAAAUAGAUACACAAGAAGAAGAUUUUAGCUUUACAUUGUUACAAAGUGAGGCCAAUGAAACGAGGCCCCUGUCUUCGUCUAGCACCCCACAAAUACUGCAGUCCGAUUAUUCUGUCGUAAUGCAAGAGGGACAGACAUCAAAUGGAAGCAUAUUUCAGUUUAGCAGUCCCUGA